UAAGUCUUCAAGAAGGAAUUGUUGUACGUAAGUGCCUCCCAUGCAGGUACACGUAAUUGAGGUAGUUUUACAAAUAAACGUAAAAGGGAAGUUGUGAAAAUUUGUUGCUCAUUAAAAGUUUCAUUUUCGCUUUCUGUCGUCCUGUGUAAUUCCAUUUAAUUUUUUGCUUCCCCAUUUCAUGCUUUACAAAUACCCCUGUGUGCUUUCUCUACAUUAUGUAUUUUUGUUGAUCAGGAUGGCAUUAACUUGUUUAAAUAUGUUAUCAUAAAGUAAAUUUAGUGCUUGGAUUAUGGCUAAUAUUUCAGAGCAAUUUCAUUGGCUAAGAUAAUGGUAAUCUGAAUGAAGAAAAAAACACAAUUAUGUAUGCACUAUUGAGAAAAUGUUAAUUAAAAUGAAUAAAAUAUAGACAUCUUAGCCCAAUGUGCGUUUUUUGUUUGUUAUAACAAGUGAGCAUCGUAACAUGGACAAGAUCGAAUUCAUGGAAAAUUCCCUUUUUUACUGAGCAAGCGAAUGGCUUCUGAGAAGAACAUGAGUUUAUGGAACGGGGUUUUAUUGUGCAUUAUAAAUAUAUCAUUGUUGAUCUGUGGAAUAACAUUAAAUUUAGUCGUUAUUCUCUGCAUCUGGCGCUGUUCAAAUUUACGAAAGAAGCUUUGUUAUUUUACAAUCUUGGUUUUAUCAUGCUUCGACUUGGCAAACCUACUGAGCAAGCGAAUGGCUUCUGAGAAGAACAUGGGUUUAUGGAACGGGGUUUUUUUGUGCAUUAUAAAUAUAUCAUUGUUGAUCUGUGGAAUAACAUUAAAUUCAGUCGUUAUUCUCUGCAUCUGGCGCUGUUCACAACUGCGAAAGAAGCUUUGUUAUUUUACAAUCUUGGUUUUAUCAUGCUUCGACUUGGCAAACGUGAGUGUCACACAUACGCUGAUCAUACUUUCGACUGCAGCUUGCCUAUGGAAAAGCAAUAUUUCCUUGAGGAUAACACGGUCGAAAUUAAGCACGAUAUUUUUCGAAUUGUCCACACUUUCUCUGCUAAUGCUCAAUAUUGAAAGAUUUCUAGCUUUGAAUUUCCCAUUUUUUCACGCAAAACAUGUAAACAGAUGUCGUUUUUUAGUUCUCACGAUUUGUCCAGGUGUACUUUUUGCUCUUCUAACAUUUUUCCUAUUCAAUCAUGAGAAAACAAUAAACCUCAUUUUGAUUGUUUAUCUUUGCAUCUCUUUUUUUCUAAUUUCAUUAUUUAACUACAAAAUGUACCGUAUUGCAAAAGCCAAAAAAAAACUUUCGGGAAAUAUAUUACGCAAUUUGACGACGGCAUCUUUUGGACAAAACAAAAGACAAUUUAACGAUUUAAAGAAAGUUUCAACGUGCAUAAUUGUUGUUGUGUGUUAUCUUUUGUUCGGCGCAAUCCCAUGUCUUGGGUAUGUAUCUACAUGCUUGAUCAUGGAUGUUUCAUGCAGCGAUUCACGUUUGUUCUCGCCCAGCCUAUGGAUAGGUUCAUUAUCCGCCAUGAGUUCAACGAUGAACUGUCUUAUUUUUUUUUGGAAGAACAGCAUACUGAGAAAAGAAGCAAUAAAGAUGAUAAGAACACUACCACAGCGCAUCAAAAAUUAAUAACACAUCAAUUCACUUGUUUUAGCUAUAUUCUUACGAACUGAGAAUGGAAAAUCUUGUUAAUGGUAAUGCUUUGCAAAUUUAGAAUGUACAAUAAAUUUCUUUGUGAAUUAAAAUUAACUUUUGAUACUUCUGAGAACCACAGACAAGUAUACCAAAAAGUAAGAAACAAAUUCCAGAUACAACAUCUGGAAAAUUGGUGCUUCAAAAUCCCACAUUUUGUCCAAUAUAAAAUACUAAAGCCAAAAAAAUAAAAACUGUUAAUCAGACGUAAAGAAUACAGAAAAAAUUAUCAUUAUGGACAGGAAAUAUCUUGCAUAGAAACACUUUAGAGUGAGUUUGUGUAUUAAAUAGUUCUCUUUAAAUAUUUCGUUAUUAAAAGAAUACUUUGUUUAAAAAA